AGGACUCAUUUGGACAACGGACUUCCGACAAGUUGUUUCCAUGGUUGCUUCACGACUAAUUACUAGUGUUUUGUUAAAAAGCUAACACAGUUCGUGCUGUAAAUAGUAUGGCUGAGACUACGGAAAAACCGCAGAGCUACGAGGAGAUGUUUGCCCACAGGUUUACAUCAGAAGACCCUGAGUACCAGCAGUAUCUCAGCCGUCCCGCCGACCCCCCGCCUAUUGUAGAGGACUGGAGGAGUCGUGGAGGAGGCAACAGAGGCAGAGAUAACAGGUACCAAGAUCGGCGUGGAGGCCAUGGGUGGGGAGAGCGCCGAGGCCGAGGCUGGGGAGGAGACAGGGGCUGGGGAAGAGACCGGGGAUGGAGAGGGGACCAUCAUGGACAGCAACACUGGCGGGACAGAGACAGAGACAGAGACAGAGAGCGGGACAGGGGCAGAGAUGGAGAUGGAGAUAGAGAUAGAGAUAGAGAUAGAGAUAGAGACAGAGACAGAGACAGAGAUAGAGACAGAGAUAGAGACAGAGAUAGAGAUAGAGAUAGAGACAGAGACAGAGACGGAGAUCGGCACUGGGGCCAUGGAAGUGGGUAUCAGUCAGGCCAUCCAAGCUCCAACCAGGGGUACAACUCUCAUCAUCAGAGACCACAUUACGACCGUUACUGAUCUGUGCUCUCAUCUCUUGGAUGUUGUCAGUAUUUUCUCAGUGGCUAGUUAUGACUUGCAUUGCUUACCCAUAAGUGGCAAUGUGCAACUUUUGAUGUUUCUAUACUGUAUGGCUCUCAGUUCCACAGCUUUUCUAGAAAAGACUAAGACAUGUACAAAUAUAAAUACUUCACUGUUCAAUCUUUAUAUUUGUGUGAAAUGAUCAAAAUUGUGAGGUACAGAUUAAUGUCUUAUACGUACACACAAAUAUAUGAAAACAGUUCUUAGUCAGCUAGUGAAAUGUUUUUAAGAAUCUUCAGGGUGAUGACGGAAACUUUGACCUCUACUUAACUUUUUCAUGGAAAAGCAAAAUCUUGUUGAUUUUUAAAGCUUGCUGCAUAUUUCAAAACUGGAACUCGUGCUAGCUGUGAUAACAUGAGUUUAUCAGUAUUUCAGUAAUUCAUGGGCUGUUUUAACACAAAACAAGUGUCAGAGCACAGCUGGGAAAUAACGGGUUGUUUCAUGUUCAGAUAUUAGUGUUCUUGUCUCUUUUUACAUGUUUUGAUAUGAGAUUGUCAAUAAUUAUGAAGGGCAGCGUUGUUUGAAACAUGUGUCCUAAUUCCUUGAGAAAAUUUAUCUGUAAUGCUGUUUUAUAUUUCUGUCACAACAUUGUCUACAGAUGCAAAUGGGCUAAGAGGUUAUCAAUAAACAUGUAUUUUGUUAA